AUAUUUUUAACCUCUCUGUUUUCAAUGCUUGUGUAUCAUAAAGUCUUUCAUUCUAUAAAAUGGAUGCAUCUUAGAGUCUCUUGUAGAUAUUUAUUUUGACAUGUGCGACUUCUGCAGAUUAUGAUUGUAGUUUCCUUGAAUCUUGAGAGUAUUUGUUUUAUGUUAUGCUCUAAGCCUUUCGUGAUUAUUCUAAAUAUGUGAAUGAAAUCCUAGAAUGCGGCAUCAUACACCAAGAAAAGGUAGAUUUUACUUUGGUUAUAGGGACAUUACAUUGUGUGUUUAAAACACUUAUUAUCUCUGUUUUGGUGUUUGUUUUGUAUAUAAAGUCUCUCAUUUCAUGAAGUAGAUGCAUCUUGGAGUAUCUUGUAGAAUGUAUGUGAUGCUCCUGCAGAUUAUGGUAGUAGUAUUCUUGAAUCUCGAAUGUAUUGAUUUUGUGUUAGUAUUGGUCAUAUUGGUCACAAUGAUACCAAAAGGCAAGUAUUGUGUGCAUAUUGGUCACGAUGGUUGAUAGUCUGAUUGUGUUUUGAUCAUUAUUGUUUACCAUUGUGACUUUUGCAUCUUGCGUCUUGGAAUAGUUAGUGUGGUAAAUUGAUCAAAGUUUAUAGGGAAUGCUCGUAUGUUUAUCUCAAAUUAUACCCCAUAGUCUAAACCACAAUAUUAGAUUUUUCACUUUAUAAUACACUUAUUAAUUAAGAUUCUUUCCAUACUACAAAAAGGAGACAAAUAAAUCACUAAAUUAAUUUGGUUAAUGAUUUGCCAACUAAAGAAACACACAAUUACACCACGAUUUAACAAAUCAUAUAUUCCCGAUUCCACAAACAAUAGAAAGUCUGAGAAAAGUGUACCACGCAUCUUUUUAUUAAAUGUCAAAUCGAAUUCAUUCUCAAUUCAUUGCACUCGUACGGGGUUUGGUAUAUUGACGCUAAAUAUCACAUUGUAAUAGACUUGAUGGUGACUGAGAACAGAACAUAACAUAAAAAUCAAAAGAAAAGAAAAAAAAACUUCUAGAGAUAAAUGAGUUAAAUUUAUAUUAACACGUGUUGGGUAAUCUAUCUAUCUAGUACCAUAAAAGAUUAGUCACUCAAGAGUCAAGACUCCUUACGCCACCACCACCCAAAGCAAAAACAAUGGAGCACAUGAAGGUAAGAGGGAACGGCAUAGACAUCCACGUGGCAAUCCAAGGUCCCUCCGAUGGUCCUAUAGUCCUCCUCCUCCAUGGCUUCCCUGAGCUUUGGUACUCAUGGCGCCACCAGAUCCCUGGACUCGCCGCUCGUGGAUACCGUGCCGUGGCUCCUGACCUACGUGGUUACGGUGACUCCGACGCUCCGGCGGAGAUCUCUUCCUACACAUGCUUCAACAUCGUAGGUGACUUAGUCGCCGUCAUAUCCGCCUUAACCGCCUCAGAGGAUGAGAAGGUGUUUGUGGUUGGACAUGACUGGGGAGCUCUCAUCGCUUGGUACCUUUGUCUUUUCCGACCAGAUAAAGUCAAAGCUUUGGUCAACCUUAGUGUUCCGUUCUCUUCCCGUCCAACGGAUCCAUCCACUAAGCCCGUUGAUCGCAUGCGUGCUUUCUACGGCGAUGAUUACUAUGUCUGCAGGUUUCAGGAAGUUGGAGAUAUAGAAGCUGAGAUUGCAGAGGUUGGAACAGAGAGAGUGAUGAAGAGGAUACUCACUUAUAGAACUCCUGGACCGAUUAUUAUACCGAAAGACAAAAGCUUUUGGGGAUCGAAAGACGAAAGUAUACCUCUACCUUCUUGGGUAACGGAGGAAGAUGUUACUUACUUCGUCAGCAAGUUUGAAGAGAAAGGCUUCUCUGGUCCAGUCAAUUACUACCGUAACUUUAACCGGAACAAUGAGCUGUUGGGUCCAUGGGUGGGGAGCAAAAUCCAGGUGCCUACAAAGUUUGUGAUAGGGGAGCUUGACUUGGUCUACUAUAUGCCUGGUGUCAAAGAAUAUAUACAUGGUCCCAAGUUUAAGGAAGAUGUGCCUUUGCUUGAAGAGCCUGUGGUCAUGGAAGGAGUGGCUCACUUCAUUAACCAAGAAAAGCCUCAAGAGAUUCUCCAAAUUAUCCUUGAUUUCAUCUCCAAAUUCUAAUCUUGUUUUCUCUUAAAUCAUUCUUGUAAGUUGCAUAAUAAGUUGAAUUAUGAGGAUACAUCCUCAUGUAUUUCGUUAUAUCAUCCUAUGUAAUAUAUGUAUUAAUACUAAAGUUGGAUGCGUGCAUAUCAUGUGACAUUCUUCUAAGUUAUAAUAAGGUAAAUAGCACAUUGUAAGA